UCUCUCUCUCUCUCUCUCUCUCUCUCUCUCUCUCUCUCUCUCCAGAAUGAUCGAGGCUGUGUUCAAGGGAGCUCGUGCAUCACAUCAGCGCCGUCCUUCACUCAUCCGUCCUCCAAAGCAGACACGGAAGAAAGCUUGUGUUCAUGCCAAAAUGGGAUGUGGAAAUUCCUCUGCCACCAGCACGACUGCAGGAGGUCCAGAAGCUGCCAAGGAUGUGACAGAAGAACCUUUACCAGAUGAUGAGAAACGAAGGAACUAUGGAGGAGUGUAUGUGGGCCUUCCUGCAGAUCUGACCGCAGUGGCUGCCAGCCAAUCAAAAGCCACACGUAAAGACUGACUGCAGAUCACAUGAAACUACAAAGCUACGGCCUCUUUAGAAUUCAAGCUCUGCAGUCGCUGAUUUACAACGGAUAUUAAGAUAUUCGAGGAUCGAGACGUUUUUGGAACUGAAACCAGAACCACUUCGGAAUGACAUCACCGUGACAUCAUACUGGCUGGCGUACAGAAGGGUUCUGUUUGGAACACUGAGCAUUAUUGUGACUCUGAAUGUAGACACUGUUGCCAUGGUAACCGGCGACCCCCUGACCUCACGCUCCUCACAUCCUGGUAUUUUGUAUUCACCAUGGCAGGGCAUUACCAGACACGAUCAACUGUAUGUCUCUGCAAUAACAAGACUU